AUGGACAAUGGAACGUGGAAGAUAUUCGAGGAGGAGUACCAGAAAAUUGAUUGGAGGCAGAACAAGGAUGGGUUCAACCGAUGGAGGGCGGAGCUGGUGACGUAUGGUGUGGACUCACGCAAUAGUUUCUUGGUUACUCAUGAUUCCGUAGAGGUCAAACGAGUUCUUCCGUUCUACAUCAGUACUCAACAUUCUUAUACCGUCAGUGAAUACUUCAUGUCUCUUAUUCCAGAGUCAUCCCCUUACAGCGGGAAGAGUUUAGGAAGGUGUGCAGUGAUGGGGAACAGUGGUAACCUCAGGAAUAGUGGAUGCGGGAAAGAAAUAGAUGCAGCUGAUUAUGUAUUCAGGUGCAACAUCCCUCCUCUUCGUGAUUUCGAGAAUGACGUCGGGUUGAAGACGAAUCUAACAACAAUGAACCCAAGCAUGCUUGACACUAAGGAAUACGGGACCAUCGCCAUUACCCGAGAUAUCGACUACCCGUACAACUUAGUCCUAGCGCCUUACAACGGUGUCAUCCUACUUCCUUGCUUUAGCCAUUUCUUCUACCUGCGCAAGUGCAUUAAAGCCAUCAAACAGUACUACCAGAAGAACGCGAACAUGACAUUCCUUCAUCCUGAGAACUUCAUGGCUAUAUGGGAAUACUGGAAGGAUCGGCAAAUGACCAACCUACCUUCAACAGGAUUUUACAUCAUAAACGUGGCGGUCACACUCUGCGACAGCGUCGAUGUGUAUGGAUUCUGGCCUUUCGAUAAGACUGCUUUGCGAUCAGGUCAACCAGAGCAUGUAAUGUAUCAUUAUUACGAGGAAGGAACAUGGCGUCCCGUUCACGACAUGACUGGAGAAUUCAGACAGCUUUUUCAGCUGCAUCGAGACGGAGUUCUGCGAAUGCACCUAGGAAAUUGCACCUCAAGAUGA